AUGUGCCACACCAGCUGCUCCUCAGGCUGCCAGCCAGCUUGCUGCAUGUCCAGUCCCUGCCAGUCAUCCUGCUAUCCGUCCUGCUGUGUGUCCACCCCCUGCCAAUCAUCCUGCUGUGUGUCCACUCCCUGCCAGUCAUCCUGCUGUGUGCCCAUUCCCUGCCAGUCAUCCUGCUGUGUGUCCAGUCCCUGCCAGUCAUCCUGCUGUGUGCCCACCCCUUGCCAGUCGUCCUGCUGCAUGAGCUGCAGACCCGCCGUGUGCAUUCCUGUGAGAUUACAGGUGGCCUGCUGCUCUCCUGUGAGCUGUAGACCUACUGUGUGUGUGGCUCCUUCCUGCCAAUCCUCCGUGUGUGUUCCUGGGAGCUGCAGGCCUGCUGUGUGCGUGGUCCCCUCCUGCCAGUCCUCUGGGUGCUGCCUGACGUCCUGCCCCACCCUGGUCUGCAGACCUGCCUCCUGCAGCACCCCCACCUGCUGCUGA